AUGCUUCCCAAUGUUCCACCGAAACCGCUCAAGGAGCAAGUGCUGGACUACGAUAAGCUGGAAUACCCGCUGGUGCCUGCCAGCGUGACACAGAGGCUGCAGUUCUCUUCAGAACUGCCUCAGUACUUUAAUGAGCUGAGCAGGGAUAAACUCGAGGAACUUGCCAGAUCCCCUGAACUGCUCCAGAGCUACCUCUACAAAACGUCCAAUUUUGAGCAAAUAGGCACAGAAAUUGUGGAGUCGCUGGAAAAACAGAUAGAGUACACCACCAAGCUGCUGAAUAACGUGAACGAGGAUAUUGUGCCCCAGACAGACCAGAUCAACAAGCAAUUGGAGCAGUUCCACGAGAAACUAAAGAAGUUCGACCAACUGCAGGUCCGCAUGUACGACCUGCUGAACAAAUACUCGAGAGAGUCCAUUAUCCGGGCUGUGGAGCGCAGCGUCAACGAUAAGGACAGAGAUACCAAGUCCCUGGUGGACCAGAUCCUACUAUCUGAAACUGGAAAAAUUGCAUAG